AAGGAAAAAGAAAAAGAAGGAGUCAGAGGCAGUCCAUUCCCCGUUCAUGAGCAGCAAGAGAUGUCAGACCAGUGCUGAGACGAUGUCAAGACAUUUACUAAGUUAAUUUUAUAUACAAUAUUCACUUUUAAAGGGACCAUCAUCAUAUUCCGAACAUACGGAAGCCGUCUGCAGAACUAACGAGGAAUUUCCUAUUUGUUUUGUGAUUAAUCCAUGAAAUAAGAAUCGCUGUCUGGAGAAGCAGUUAAAACGAGGAAAACAGGCGAAAUGAUGAAGAAAAGAGAAGUUCCCCAUGUCUGCUUGCUGCUUCUGGCUGUGCUCCAAAUCAGCACACUCGCCUCGGCACAGAACACCCUGACAACCAUCUCCCCUCAGAGCACUGCCACUAAUUUAACGCCAGCUCUCCGCUACCAAACACGGCCAGUGAAUGUCAAUGUGAGUGUGGGUGAACCUGCAGUGUUUAACUGUGGAGUACCUGAAGGAUCUCCGAAUCUCACGUUCACCUUUUAUGGGAAUCUUGGCAACUACACACUCACCUGCCCUCAUGGUCACGUGGAAGAUAGUGCCAAGGCUCUCUAUGGGAGCUGUGAAAUGAAGAACGGAGAGUCAUCGGCUGAGUGGACUCUCAAGGGAACUUCUCUCUCAGACAAUGGCACAAAAGUCAUUUGUCAGCAGUCAAAGAAUCUGGAGGCAGCUGCUGCCGUCCUGCAUGUUUAUGUCCUAGAUAAUGGUGUGAGUCACGCAACGCUCAUUGGCUGUUUAAUUGGGGGUUUCUUUGGCAUCCUGUUGGUGUUUGUUCUACUUUACAUCGUACUGCAAAGUUCUGGGACCCUUCAGCGUGCCUUGUGCCUCCAGGGAGAUGACACAGAAGACGACUUGGACACAAUAGUAACAAAAGACUAAAAGAAGAAUACGAGAAGACUAAAGGAAGAAAUGGAAGUAAUUGUUCUUGCUCUGUGUAACUGCAGAGUAAAACUGAGAUAGUAGUCAGGUUAAUCAAGGUCUGGAGAUGAUCUUGUCUAAACUGAUCCAAAAUGAACCUGCUUUAUUUUGGUUUCUAAUGUUCCAACAGUUUUUAUGUAGACAGCAGAGAUUUUGUCAAACAGAGAAAAGUUUUUAAAAUCCCAGGUCUUAGGGACAAUGUGUUCAGUUUCAUGAAAUGUUAUUAAAAAUGUUAAAAAGCACUAUUUCCUGCAAGUUGAGCCAAUGAUCAGAACACAAAGUGGUUAUGAAGAUGCUGUUAAAGUGAAGAACAUGUCUGUGAUUAUAGACCUGGCCGUUUUUUAUUUUUUAGGAAGAAAAACAGCUGAACUUUAAUCUAAACUUCAUCACUGUGAGUAAAAUUUUCACUCAUGGGGGUUUGUUUGAAGAAUUUUUGGGGGGUUAGUGGGUAAUAUGAGAAUUACUUGAUUAUCUUAGCUCAUCAGAAUUCCUGCCUGCUUUUUUAAAAUGAGAAAACUGACAAUUGUCUGCUCUGGGUAAGUUAGUGACUAUGCAUGAAAGCAUCACAAAACCAAACUUCAUAUUCAUUCAACACUGCAUUGUUUAACUGCACUGUCACAGUUUGUCCACUAGAGGAAAGCAGUUACAUGAAAUAACAAUGACAGCAAUGACUGUUUCUAGCAAUAUCAGGGCAUGUUGCUUUUGUUUAUCACUGUAAAUAAUGUAGGAGUUUACUUUGUUCAUAAUUUAAGUAAUGUAUCACUUGGUCUGGCAAUGGCCUUGUGUUGUGUUUACAGAUACUUCUAUUGAGGUGGAGGGCUCCUAAACUGGGAACUGUAUAAGAAUCUGUUUCCCCUUCACCACCAGGGGGCUCUAUAACUGAACAGAUUGAUGUAAUAACAGAAGAAGAGUGAGAAAUACAAGUGGCCAGUUCAACCAUU